AUGCCCCGAACAUAUUCACUCAACAAAACCACCGCAGAUAUUUUUAUCGAUGAUACCACCCCAGAGUUUCAGAACGGCAAUACUAUUACAAGUCUUACAGACGGUGCUGUCUCAGAUGUUACAGACGACGAUACUAUCACAGAUCUUAUAGACGAAGCUAUCCCAGUUUUGGGAAGCCCAGUCGAUGUCGAAAGUCUGGAUGAUAGGCUCUGCGAAAUGGCCACCAAUAUGCGAAAAUUAGGAGAAGCUUGUGACUAUCGCAUGCAAACAACAGAGCUCAUUCAAAACGAACAACAAAGACAAAUAGAUGAACUUAAGGAGUCUCUCAUUGAUGUUACAUCAGGCCCCUACCCAAAGUUGGUUGCCGAAGCCGUUAAGCCUGGGCCAACAGGGCUUGAAUGGAAGGAUAUUGAAAAAGACUUUAGGAGCAAGUUUGGCUGCACACCAGAAAGGACUGUUCAGAGCCUUCAGCGUAGGCUCUACCGCAUGAAUCAGCAUAUCCCCCUUUGCGAUGAUAAUGGCUACCUUAUCUUUGAGAAUGACGAUGACAUGGACCCAAAAUACAUCAGGCUUAAAUGCCUAGAGAAAAUCCCGGGGCUUGCCAACUGGUACCCUGAAAGAGCUGUCAAUUACUCCUGGGUUGACACUGGAACAAAGGCUAAAUGUUACGACUGGGGCGAGUUUACUCUAUAA